CUCUUUUCCGAAGGGGGGAGGAGACUUACAUGGACCGUCCCGUUGUCAUAGAGACAAGGAGGUGCCGAAAUGCACAAAGUGGACCUCCAGCCGGAUCCCACAGAGGCGACUGCUAUCGAGGCCCGCAGGAACCGCGAGAAACAGAGGCAGAGUCGGAUCUUCAAUGCGCGCUACCGCAAGAUGGGAGUGGAUCUCGAAGGCCUGAAGAGCCAGGUGGAAGAGCGGAAGCUGAGAGAGGAAGCAGAGAAGCGGCGGGACGAAGCUUUCGAUGCGGACCGGGUCCAAUAUGACAAGAUCGCCCAGAUGCUGGAGGAAGAGGAGCAGCAGCGGAAAAAGCGGCUCCACCAGGAGCUGGUGGACUUCCAGCAGCAGAAGCAGCAGCCCCCCACCCGGCGGGAGUGGGACAUCCACGACCCCGAGGCGGUGCGUAAGGGGCACCCAGCCCGCGUGAGCGAUGACGACCCCCGCUGCGGCCCAUCGAGCCUGCAGCGCUUUGCCGGCGAGGAUCUCAACCACGCCGUCAAGCAGAAGCUGCUGAAGGAGAAGAACCGACAGGAGCUGGAGGACCAGCGGGCGGAGCGGGAAAAGGCCCUGGCAGACCGCAAAUACGCAGGCGAAUACCUUGGAGGACAAGAGAGGAUCGAGCUCGACCUGCGGGCCUUGGAGCUGGCUCUCCUGGAGGACGAAUGCCGCAGGGCAAAAGCCAUGGCGAUCGCGGACUUCAACCGAAACCAGGCCGCAGAGGUCGUCGAGAAGCAUCGUCUGGCCCAACAGCGGGAACAGGACGAUAACAACACCGAGAUCUACAACCACCUUACUGGCAACCUGCUGACGGAAAACCCAGACGUGGCCAAAAGCCUGAUCGGGCCACACCGGAUGGUCCCCUACUGCUGGAAGGGGAUGAGUCCCGAGCAACUGGAGGCCAUACGAAGAAUGCAGAAAGAGCAGUGCAAAGAGAACCAGAGGUUGCGGCAGGAACGGCAGCAAUUGGAGGCGGAAUGGGACCGGCAGCGCCACUUGGCCGCCCGGGCCGGCAUGGUGAUGGAGGAGCAGGAGCAGGAUUUCCGCCUGCAGCUGCGGAAGAGCCUGGACGCCUACAACCGGGAGCUGGCAGAAGCACAGAAGACCAACUUACGGUACCUGGAGAAGGAGGUGUACUCCAACCCCCCCACCGCCCAGUACCACCUGCAGUUCAACACCAGCAGUCGCUGAAGGAAGCAAGCGCUAAGAAUCCUUUGCUG